AUGUGUUUUUCGGAGCCUAAAAGACACCGACUGUGCACGAAUGGAAUGGUGCAAUUGUUUCAUCGACCGCAUCCGAAAAGGACACGAAAUUCAAAUGGUCAAGCGCUUUUUGAUGGGAUCAGGUCCGACUUUGAAGUGAUUCAGGACUUUCACGUGGAAUCAGGCCCACCACAAGUUGCUCCCAUGACUCUUCUUGAAACAUAUCGCUCUAAAAUCAAGAAAAUGAAGUUCACCACUGAAGCUGAGAAGAUGUUCCUUUCGUUUGUACAGACUCUUUUCCGAUUUCGCCGUCAUUACUUGCGAUUCUGUCCCCUGGAGAAUUUCAAGGAGAACAACCAGCGGUUUCUAGAAAACUGCUACGAUCUCCCAAAAUCUUGGACAGAUCUGAUUGAAGAGCUUGUCGACGGCCUCAGUGAAAUUCCUGAACCAUCACAAAUACCAUUCUACCUCUUGCAGAUACUUGAUGUACCUACAGAAGUAUGUUUGCUAGCUCCCUCGUGA